AUGGACAAAAAAGACUUCGCCGUGACAUAUAGAGGACCCGUUCAGGAUGAUGCUACAAAAAGCUUCCGAUCGGAGGACCGAGAUGAAGAGACUGCAAGAGAUCCUAUGGCCGCACCAUUAAAACGGCAACUCAAGUCUAGACAUCUGCAGAUGAUUGCUAUUGGAGGCAUUAUCGGUCCUGGUCUACUGGUGAGCUCGGGAAAUGCGCUGCACGAGGGUGGACCUGCAGGGGCUUUGAUAAGUUUCUCACUAGUCGGAAUUAUCGUCUUCUUUGUCAUGCAAUCGCUGGGUGAGAUGGCCACCCUGAUCCCUGUAACUGGAUCGUUUACCGAGUAUGCGGAGCGCUUUAUUGAUGACUCUCUUGCGUUUGCGCUGGGAUGGGCAUAUUGGUACUUAUGGGUAACUGUCCUGGCAAAUGAAUAUAAUGCGAUAUCCCUAGUCAUUGGGUACUGGACAGAUGCUGUUCCUCAAUGGGGUUGGAUCUUAAUCUUCUGGGUGAUGUUCCUUACCCUCUCAAAUCUCGGAAUUUUGGCCUACGGCGAGAUGGAAUUUUGGUUAUCUCUUAUCAAGGUGUUGGCAUUGAUUGUCUUUUUUAUUCUCGCAAUUUGCAUCAGCGCAGGUGGCAUUGGACCGCGUGCUACUGGGUUUGAAUAUUGGCAUGCCCCUGGGGCAUUUGCAGAUUCAAUCAAUGGUGUUGCGAAAACAUUUGUUGUUGCGGCAACAUUGUAUGCUGGAACUGAGAUGGUUGGCAUCACCGCCGGAGAAUCGGCGAAUCCCGGAAAAGCAGUACCCAGAGCUAUCAAGCAGGUCUUUUGGCGCAUCUUGAUUUUCUACGUUGGUACUAUCUUCUUUAUUGGAAUGCUCAUCCCAUGGAACGAUAAGAGAUUGCUGGGCACAUCGUCGAAGACAGCCAGCUCGCCCUUGACAAUCUCGUUAGAGGAUGCUGGAAUCCUUCCAGCCGCUCACCUCAUUAAUGCUCUCAUCGUUAUUAGUGUCAUUUCUGCAGGAAAUAGCUCGCUUUAUGUGGCAUCUAGAACACUGCUUUUCCUGUCUCGCAACGGAAAGGCCCCAAAAUUCAUCGGCCGGACAAAUCGUCUGGGAGUCCCAUGGGUGGGCUUGAUAUUCACCAAUGUCUUCGCCUGCAUUGUAUUCUUGGAGCAGUCCUCUAGUGCUGGAAGAGUCUACUCGGCAUUGAUCACUCUUUCGGGCGUUGCCACCUUUAUUGUUUGGUCAGUAAUCGGAGUUGCACAUAUUCGAUUUCGACAAGCCCUGGUUGCUCAAGGCGAAGACCCAUCGAAGCUGCCAUUCCAAGCUCUCUUUUACCCAUAUGGAACCUACCUCUCGCUGGCAGCGAAUGUGUUCCUCAUUUUCUUCCAGGGAUACACUUGCUUCCUCAAUCCUUUCAGCUCGACUGACUUUGUGAUCAACUAUAUCCUGAUCCCUGUGUUUGUGUUGUUUGUGAUUGUGUACAAGUUCUGGAAUAAAACCCAUGUCGUCCGACUGGAGGAUAUGGAUAUCUGGACCGGGCGAAGAGAGCAAGUCGAAUUGGAAGAGCCCGAGUCACCCAAGAAGGCCGCCAAGUGGUGGGCUCGCAUUUAUUCCAUUGUGAUAGGGUAG